AUGGAUUAUAGCUCAGGACCGCUUGAGGAGAUGGAGAACCGGCCCCACUCUGCAUCUAGCAUUCCUAGAGGAGGCAUGUUUCUACCAAAUAGGUCGGGUCCGUUACAGCCAGUUAGAAGUAGAAGAAACUUCUUUAGAUUGAGAGGAAGCAUGAGUGAUCACGGUGGACCAUCAUCAUCCAGACAUCUUUGGUCCGGGAAUGACAACUAG